AUGAACUUGGAUGAGAUCAUGACAGCAACGUUACGACUGGCUACCUUGGAUCGGAAACUUAGAGGGGCAGACCCAAUCACGACGUUCACGACCACCCGAUCCCUUGAAGCAAAUGGUCUUUUUCCUGUUCCUCUGCCUGGUGGUCGACAUUUCGUCACCUUGCAAGAUUCGGAGCGCAAGUUGGUAGUGCACGAGUGGGCCGCCAAUACACUGGAAGAAGGGCGACCCCUCGUGUCACCCUCCGAGCACCCGAUAUACUUUUGGCGUGCGGUUCCUGUCAGUUCUACCGCCAUCAACGUUGUCGUCGUAUCGUUGGAAGAGCUGGAUGAGUGCGAUUUCCAUGGUAGACAGCUGCUACUCUCACAUAUUUCGAUUUAUCGCUGCGACGCCAACAGGGGAACAUUUGCGCAGAUAGAUUACUUCUCUGUGAAUCCGCAAAUAUGUGCACUGUUCUUUGAUACAACACAUCUGGCAAUCCUCUGGGAUGAUCCCGAUGACGGUCAAUUUGCGUAUAUCCGUAUGUACGCCAAGGGGCUUCAUACCUCUAUCAUGAGACUGAAGGAUCCGCAAUGCCCACGGGGAGGGUCCAUCACUAUGAUAUCGCAACGCUACUUCAUUGUCGUUAAUGCUGGUGGCACGUUUCAUCGGAUGUUUACCCUUCCUGACGUGUACCCAGUUGCUUGCACUCACGUAGCUGAUGCAUCUGUGUACCGCCCUUCUAUAUGGCGCACCAUUCAAGGAGGCGAUUGUCUGCGCACUCCCCGAGUAACCUCCAUCCAACUCGAGAAUCACCCCUCAAGCGACAGACCUCCACCUCAAUUCAUCAUAUGGACGGGGCGGUUUCGCUAUAUCUCAACUCUUUCCCCCCCAGAUGGCGCUGACGUUGCAUAUGAUGUUGAUGGGCAACAUAUGUGGCCCGACGUGCCCUACAGCAAGGGAAGAGACGAAGUAAGUAUCUUAGGUAGAUUUUCGGGGGUUCAUUACCUACCGGAUCGCCUUGUCAGGCUAUUCUCCCUUCCUGUCACCCACGCACAGAGUCGUGGAUUGAUGCGCCUUGACGCUGCUCCGUCUUCACAUCACAUCCAAGUGACAAAACUGGUUUGUUCCGGUCUUUUGGACAACGAAUUCAUCCAUCAUCUGUCUUACGACGAAGAAUCUGGGUGUCUCUUUAUUACAUACGAAGACAAGACAACCCCCGAUAGGCGGAUAGUAUUGGCUUAUCUAUAG